UAGUGCUGUAAAAAAUCAAUAUCGAGAUUUCGAAGGAAAAUACACCCUUUCGGGGUCCCUGCGGUGAGAAAGUAAAAUAAUGCAAGUAAGGAUAAAAUGCAGUCUAGUUAUCAGGAAGGCGGCGGCGUAGUCAGCAGUGGACUUGUGCUCUGCUAAGUCCAUUCUGGACCAGCUCAAUAUAAAUAACUCUUCGGCUCGUGGCGUUCCAUUCAUCUGAAGCCGCCAUGGUUGCCCUGCUGCGCCAGUUUCUGGCGUCGCUGUUGGUGCUGCUGCUGGGGGCCAACACAGGACCUGGCGAUGCUGAGGCGCUGGUGGUGAACCUGGGCAAUCGGAGUUUGGUGCCGCUGCUGCUAGAGCGGUUGAACGAGCCCGUCGUCCUGCCGAAAGGAGACAACAGGAACGUGUUCUUCGAUGUGCCUGCGAAAUAUCUGGAUUCCCGCAUUCGUGGGUUGACGCUUUUGCGACCACCCUACGGGAUGCUCGGCUCGGCGAGCUUUGUUGGUCCAACUCAACUUGACAACGCCACCGUGGAGGUCCCCGACGUCGCUGUACCUGAGCUGGGCCCAGCACUGGAGCUGUCCCGGGAAGAAGACUUCUCUCUCUUCUUCCCGCGUCACCGUGUGAUGGCCCGUCACCUCGUCGACAUCUUGAUCAGCUUGCCGACUUACGAGAAGUUCCUGUGCGUGAGCGCCGUCAUCCGGGACAAAGUCAACCCUUACCUGUACGCAUACGCUAUGUCCGUGGCCAUCCUCAAUCGCAACGACACAAUCAAGACCCUGCCCAACAGCGCCAGCCUCUUCCCACAAUUGUACUUCCAGGGCUCCAUCUUGGCGCGUGGCCGGACCGAGGCCCAAUUGUUUGCGCCCGAAGACAGGGAGCCCAUCGAGAUCCCUCGAAACUGGACGGCCACAGACCUGGAGCCUGAACAUCGCGUCGCCUACUUCCGGGAGGAUAUUGGCAUCAACCUGGCUCACUGGCAAUGGCACGUUCACAACCCUCACUCCGGGUCCCCCUCCGCCGUCAACAAGGACCGCCGCGGCGAGCUCUUUUAUUAUUUCCACCAGCAGAUUAUUGCCAGGUACAAUUUCGAGCGGCUGUCUACCCAACUGAGCCGCGUGAAUCGUCUGCUCAACUGGCGAGAGCCCAUCCCGGAGGCGUACUUCCCCAAGCUCAACAACGCGCUCGCCAGCCGCGUGUGGCCCCCACGCCAGGCAGACGCGCGCCUCCAGGCGAGUAGCGACGUGCGGCGUAGCGAUGCAGUGAUAGACAUCCUGGAUCUGGAGCGCUGGAGGGACCGCAUCAUGGAGGCCAUACACACAGGACGUGCUUACACGUCAACCAGGGAGACCGUGCUGUUGGACAACGACCAGGGCAUCGACAUCUUGGGCAACAUUUUGGAGUCAAGCGACCUGUCAAUUAAUAGUCACUUGUACGGCGACCUUCACAACAGCGGUCACGUCGUCAUCGCCUACGCACACGACCCGGACUUCAGGCACUUGCUUGUUGUGGCUGGUGCUUUACAGCUGUCAUUCAGUGGCGUGCACGUGCGGCGAGUGGAGGUGCAGUCGGUGGGUCAGGAGCCGAACGAGCUGCACACCUUCUGGCAGAAGAGCGACUACAAUAUCGAGCGCGGUCUGGACUUCUCGUCCGGACCCGUGCUCGUGCGCGUCACCCACCUGCAGCACGUGCCCUUCUUCUACCGCAUCCAGGUGGACCAGAAGGUGGAGCCGGACGCGUGCUGGAAGGGGUACAGCUACUGCGGACUGCUGGGCCAUCGCUACCCCGACAAGCGUCCUUUAGGCUUCCCCCUGGACCGCCUGCCUCGCGACGAAGUCUCCGGAAUCAACGACAACAUUGAAACAUUUCUCACGCCCAACAUGAAGAUAGCCGAUGUGGUAUUACGCCAUAAUGACCGCACUGCUCCUCCAGAGCCAAUUCCCGUUCGCUAGCGCUACCCAGAACGAAAAGCCCCUGGACAGAGUUAAUUUGCUGCUUAAUAAUUUCAGAAAAUCUUUGCCCUAUUUAAAUGUAUUAAUGAACCCAACGUUAAUCAUAUAUUUCAAUCUAUGUUCUUGAAUAUUACUUCAGGAUAAUUCGAAGUACAGAUUUCACAACAUAUCUUGAAUUUUAAACAAGCUUGUUGAAUAUUAUUUAAUUUAAAAAUGAAUAAAAUUAAAAAAUGUACAUCGCUCUAAAAUAUUUAAUCUAAAGAAAAAAUGUCAAAAACUUUUUUCAUAUACAUUUUGCUAUGUUCUUAAAACCGUUGGUAAGUUACUGCAACAUACUCUGGACCUUCAGCAAUAAAUAUUCUUAUUUUCUGAUUUGUUUUGUCAGACUCCAAAAAAAAGUUGCUGUUCCAUAUUCCUAAAAGC